AUGCUCGUUUACUGUUGUUUGUUUGUAAACACGGGCGCGUCGACAAUGGGUUUGUUUGUCGUUCGUUAUGUUGGAAUGCCCGUUGCGUUGUCACACGACACGUGCGCCCCCGGUGGCGUCGCGGCCCUACUGUCGUGUGUCGGUUUGCUCGGCCCGCCGCCGCUUGCGCUGCCGCUUUUGCAACCGCGCUGCUCCGUUACGCACGCGGAAGCGGAUGGCGGCGGUCGAAUGGAAAAC